AUGGCCACUGCUGCCGCUGCUUCUGCCGCUGCGGGUGCUUACUACGUUUCACAGCAAUCUCAUGUUUCCAACGAGGUAAACUUACCUCCUCUGAUCGAGAGCAGACCAGCUCCUCCAUCAAGAGAGGAGAUGCUCAAGAAGCUCGAGACCACGCCAAAGUUUGAUGUUCUUAUCAUUGGUGGUGGUGCCGCCGGUACAGGUUCUGCAGUUGAUGCUGCCACCAGAGGUUUGAACGUUGCUCUUUUGGAGAGAACAGAUUUCGCUGCUGGUACUUCUUCAAAGUCUACUAAGAUGGCUCACGGUGGUGUUAGAUACCUUGAGAAGGCAUUCUGGCAGUUAUCCAAGUCCCAAUUGGACUUGGUUAUCGAGGCCUUGGAUGAGCGUGGAUCCAUGUUGAGAACUGCUCCUCAUUUGGCUACUGUUUUGCCAAUUAUGAUUCCAGUCUACAAGCUCUGGCAAGUUCCUUACUUCUGGGUUGGUACUAAAGUUUACGACUUGUUUGCAGGUAAGCAAAACUUGAGAUCCUCUUACUUGCUCUUCCCACAAGCUGCCCUUGCUGCAGCUCCACAAUUGGAUGGUACCGGUUUGAAGGCUGGUUUGGUGUACCAUGAUGGUUCCUUCAAUGAUUCCAGAUUCAACGCCACUUUGGCCGUCACCGCUGUCGAAAAUGGUGCUACCGUUUUAAACUAUGUUGAAGUUACUCAAUUGCUCAAGGAAGAUGGUAAGGUUGUCGGUGCUGUUGCUCGUGACCGUGAAACUGGUAAGGAGUACAACGUUAAGGCUACAUCUGUUAUUAAUGCUACUGGUCCAUUCUCCGAUAUCAUCUUGGACAUGGACAAGGAUCCACAAGGUAAACCACCAGCUACCCCACAACCACCAAAGGUUGUUGUUCCAUCUGCUGGUGUUCACAUCAUCUUGCCUGACUACUACUGUCCAAAGAACUUGGGUAUUUUGGAUGCUGAAACCUCUGAUGGCCGUGUGAUGUUCUUCUUACCAUGGCAAGGUAAGGUUCUCGCUGGUACUACCGAUGUUCCAUUGGAGAAGAUCCCAGAGAACCCAACCCCAACCGAAGCUGAUAUUCAAGACAUUUUGCAAGAGUUGCAACACUACAUCAAGUUCCCUGUUAGAAGAGAGGAUGUUUUGUCUGCUUGGUCUGGUAUUAGACCUUUGGUUCGUGACCCAAGAGUUAAGAGCAGUAGUAACGGUACCGAGAACUUGGUUAGAAACCAUUUGUUGUUCACCUCUGAGACUGGUUUGACUACAAUCUCUGGUGGUAAGUGGACUACUUAUAGACAAAUGGCUGAGGAGACCAUCGAUGAGGCGGUUAAAGUACACAACUUGACUGCUAAGCCAACCGUUACGAAGCAAUUGAUCUUGGCCGGUGGUGAGAACUUUGACGUUACCGUUGCACCAAGAUUGUCCCAAAAGUACCACGUUGAUGCUGAAUUGGCCGAGCACUUGGCUGCUAACUAUGGUUCAAGAGCUCCAUUGAUUUUGGAGUUGUUCCAAAAGGAUCAAGCCAACCAAUUGCCUGUUGCCCUUGCUUCCAAGACCGCAGAGGCCACCUACGAGAACUUUGCCUAUCCAUUCACUGUUGCUGAGUUGAAGUACUCCUUGAAGUACGAGUACACCAGAACCCCAAUCGACUUCUUGUGUAGAAGAUCCAGAUUGGCCUUCUUGGAUUCCAAGGCUGCCCUCAAGGCUGUUGAUGGUGUUGUGCAAGUUAUCGGUGAUGAGUUCAACUGGGAUGAUGCCAAGAGAGCUGAGGAGAAGAAGAAGACUGAGGAAUUCAUCAAGACUUUCAACUGA